UCAGACCGCCCAACGAUUCGCAGUUCGCGCACGCAAAGAUUCGGUGGAAUCUCCUCUUCUGCUCGGUUAAAAAGAAUAAAAAAGUCAGGUUUUCCUCGCGCAAAAUAAUUAGCGUUUGUGUUUAAUUACCCCGAUUCGGUUUCGCGAGUGGUCCAUAGUGCAAGAAACAAGAAGCAUUUGGUGGAAAUUGCGCGUGGGUGUUUUUUUUUCGUGUAAAACUGUUCUGCGAAAUCUGAAAGCUGAAAAAUUUUGCGUUCGAUUGCGUAGCGCGUCACUUUUGCCUCCCCCUUUGCUUCCGAAACAGAAGACGGACCCCGGAAAAAGGGCACUCCUAAAUGGUGGCCGUAUCGUAGAUUCCGUAGGACCACCGGGGAGAACCAUGAAGCCCCGACUCUGCUACACGUACUGCACUCUGCUGCUCAUAUUGCUGGUGUCCAGUGGCAUGCUGUUCAUUCUGGUGGCCUCGGAAGCAUCGAAACCGCUAGGUCACCAGGUACAUCACCAACACCACCAAGAAGAGCAUUCACCGCGUGUUCCCACGACUGAACACGAACCCCAUCCGGAGGAGUCCUCACCGGAGAAGAAACCAAGUGGCGGCGACCCUUCUGCCUUCCAGCCGCCAUCGCCGCUGGAAGUGAAUGUGCAAAGUGUUCGUCGCACGCCAAGUGGCGUCAGUGAAUUUGGGGGUGGUGAAAAUGCGGGCAGUGAUCCAUCUAGAAGGGAUGGUGUGCGGAAAGUGAGGAAGAAAACGCAACGGACUUCGCGGCGAAAGGACAUGCUGACGGAGAAGCCGGCCAAGCCGGACGAACCGCCGGAUUUGAAGGAGGUCAUCUUUCUGGAGACGGUGUCGAAGAACGCCGGCGUCACCGACAGCGGAUUGCAGGACAUUCCGGGUACGCCGUCGAUGAUCACCCUGGUCGAUUACCAGACCAGCGAGAUGAACAUCGAGUCCAAGCUCGAGGAGAACAUCGAAGCAACGCUGAAGAACAUCACCCACCAGUUGGGAGAACCUGCCGCCGCGGCAGACGAAGUCACGGGCGAACCGGACGAGAAGCAAGUGGAAGCAGCGGACGUUCCGUCGCAACCUAGCGAGCAACCGACCCUGCUGGAUGACAAAAUUAACGACUCUGGAGGAGGAUCCGCGGAGGAUCGCGUGGUAGAGGAUGUCCAGAACAUCACGACGAAGGAGUCCAACCUGACGGAGGAGAACCCGAUGCCGGUGUUCUCGGAGUGGGCCCAGAAGCAGAUGGCCGAGGCGGAGAAGAAGCUGGGCGAGCAUGUGAACGCCUCGGAGAAGAAGCGCAGCGCGAAACCUCCGGGUCACAAGAUGCCGCCGCUGAAGCUGCGGGCGAAGAAUUACGCCGCGCCAGACUGCGGAGCGAAGAUCAUCGCCUCGAACCCGGAGGCGCAGAGCACGGGUUCGGUGUUGACGUCCCACAAGGACGAGUACCUGCUGAACCCGUGUACGAGCAAGAUUUGGUUCGUGGUUGAGCUGUGCGAACCCGUGCAGGCGGAACGGGUCGAGUUGGCGAACUUUGAGCUGUUUUCGUCGUCGCCGAAGGACUUUUCCGUGGCGGUGAGCAACCGGUUUCCGACCAGGGACUGGUCCAACGUGGGUAAGUUUACCGCGAAGGACGAACGGGACGUGCAGAACUUUAACCUGCAUCCGCACCUGUUUGGGAAGUUUGUACGGGUUGAGAUCCACUCGCACUACAACUCUGAACACUACUGUCCAGUGUCGUUGUUUCGGGUGUACGGAACGUCGGAGUUUGAGGCGUUCGAGACGGACAAUACGCCGUCGUUGGGGGAUGAAGGGGACGACGAUGAGGAACUGCUGGUGGCGGGAGGUUCCACGGGGAAGAAUGUGGAAGGGGUUGAUGGGAACGAUCGUAACAUCCUGAAGUCUGCUUCGGAUGCUGUGAUGAACAUUGUCAAAAAGGCAGCGAAAGUUCUGGGCAAGACUAAUGAAAAUAACAGUUUAAGUAAUGAUACGGAGCCUAGUGGAGGUGACCAGAACGAAACCGACACGGAACUGAGUGUCGUCCUCCACGGACUGUCACAACCGCAGUGUCGCGUGCACUGCUUUACACUCCCCUACCAGCCGCGAUGCGUGUCCUGUUCCCCGGAACUGCGCGAUCGCGUCGAGCAGACCAUGAGCUGCAAACACAACCUCCUAACUAGUCUACUCGCCAUCGACCUAAUCAGUGCGUCGUUCGACGAAUCUCAGCAUUUGCUAUGUGCCAACAUUCUUGGGUUCUGCCUGGACGAAUCCGUCCAGCAGUCAAGCCAGAACAUCAACCGAAGCGUGAUCAACCUGCUGCCCGCCGACACCAUCGCGGCGUUCUGCAACAUCCGGGCGUACGAGAAGGGCCUGCUCAAAGCCGUAGUCACCGAGAAGCCACCGAGUGCGCCAACGACGGCGGAACAUACGACCCCAACCGUGACUACGGAGAUCCCUACAAAAGUGGUCCAAGAAGAGCCAACGCUCACCACGAUCCCUGCCGUGAAACCUGUAACUAAAGACGAACCAACGACGUCGCGUCCAGCGACCUCCUCCGAAACAGACCCGGAGACACCCCCGAAAGACAACGUAAACAUCUUCAACGUUCCCGAGGAAGCGACUCCGCUGGAAGCGCCACCAUCGGCGGGAAGUGAGCAGCGCAUGGAAGAACCCUUGGUCGUGCCACCUCCUUCGGAGGUCGCCUCAGAUGAUGAUGUGCACUCAAGCCAAGAAGAUCUGGACGACAGCUUGCUGUUGGAGCAUCAUGACGGUGGCAUUCCGAUGAUCACGACGACUACGACGCCAACGCCGGGAUCUCCGGCCGCGGGUCAGAAGGUUCAACCGGAGAGUGUGUUCCUGCGACUUUCCAAUCGCAUUAAGGCCCUGGAGCGCAACAUGAGUCUGUCCGGGCAGUACCUCGAGGAGCUUAGCCGUCGCUACCGCAAACAGGUCGAGGAGCUGCAGCAGUCGCACGCGAAAACGCUGCACGAGAUCGAGGAGCAGACUCGGCGGAUGCACGAGAGUGAGGCCACGCUGCGCGAGGAGAACGAACGGCUGCGGGCAGAGUUUGUUGGCUUUCGCGACAGCAUUCUCAGCUGGAAGAACAUCACGAUCGGGCUGGUGGGCUUUGCGGUGGUGAAUAUCGUGAUGGUGUGUGCGCUGGUGCGGAGUUGUGGCGGUGGGGGAAGUGGAGCGAGGGGGGAAUCCGAACGGGACUCGAUCGACCGGGAGUUGGCGCAGGUCAGUGCGAGUGGGAAGCCGAUUCGGGAGCGAUUGCUGAGGAGAAAGUCGAUCGAUGGAGUUAUUGGAGGCUCGGUGCAGUCGGUCGCGGGUGGAACGCUGCGGAAGAAACGACCCAGUGAAGAGGCGUUGAACAUUAGUGGGACGUACGAGAAUUUGCUGAUCGACGAUGGGGGAGGAGACAGCGCGAAGGUCGAGCGAAAAAAGGGUAGAAAUAAGCAUCGAAAGGUUUCGGCGCCGGCGAUGACGCAGUCUCAGUUGCCGCAGGUUAACGGCAAAUCCAAACGAGCCGCGUCGGUUGAACCUCCCGCGGUCAAAGCGGUGACCAAGACCGAGUUGGUGCGGACCGAGUCUGCGCCGGAACCGCGUAAGCCAUCGCCAGAGGCAGUCACCAGCUUGGACGAUACCAACCGCAUCGAUGAGAUCCCAUUUCUCGAAGACAACGAUGAGUUCAUCAUUCCAACGGCUUCAGAUCUCUCCUACAACGAGUUCGUGCCCGACUCGACCUCGGAGGCCAACAAAACCGGCAACGGGAUGCUUUCCUCCACCUCGUCGAUAGACUCCAAGUCGACGAAAUCCGGCAAGGGCCGACGACUCUCCUCGCCGGCCUUCUUCAAGUCAUCCCUGCUGCGGUCCAGCCGCAAAUCCUCGGGCAAAAAGUCCACACCCAGCCAAAAUGUAAGCAGUGCCAGUAGUAACACGAGUAGUAGCGCAGGAAGUAGUAAUGUUCGAAUUAGCAUUAACGUUCACAGCCCUAGUGCCAGAGCCGUCACCGUCGAAGACGACGCCGACAGUUGCCAGGUGGACGGAUCCACCACCAACAACAACUCCAGCAACGGCUGGGAGUGGUACAAGCUGAAAAAGUCCUCUAGUCAAGACAAGUUCACCAAACGCAAAUCCAAAUCGGAAAGCCCGGACGCGGACGUGGUGGGCAACGGGUCGGCGCUCAAAUCGUCGCUGUCCUUUCACGGCGGCGCGGACGGCAAGAGUGCCAACGGUGGCAGCUUCCGGCGGCUGUUCCGGAAGGUUUUCUAGUUUUGCUGCUGCUGCGGGCCGCCGCAGGUCCGCGAGGAUGACUGUGGCGGGGGUGGUUCCUUAAUAGACUGACUGACUGAGAGAGAGCGAUAAGAGGUGGGUGGAGCUUUAAAAGCGCUUGAAUGGUGGACGCGUGCGUGUGCGUGCGUACUCUAAACAACUACACACAACAUACACACACAACACAAUACAACACUGCUGCAGUAACUAAAAGAAACUAGUAAUUGUUCGUUUAUUUUUUAAUUGUACAUGUAGGGCAAAGUAUAUCUUGAAAUAUAUCUAACUAAAUUAUUCGCGGAUCGGCGUUGUGCAUCGAUAAAUCGUUUUUUUUUUCAUAAUCAGUGUAUGUGUCGCAAUGAAUGUUCUUUGUUUCGUGAUUGUUUGUCAAUUUGUUGUUGAAAUUCAUAUGUUUCGGUAAUAAAGUUCAUAUUUAAGCUAUGAAAGCGAUUUCAAAAUUUGAGACUUUUAUCUACAAUCACAAA